CCUAAUACACCAGUCUCCUCUGCCACACACAGUCCUUUCAUGCAGAACUCCACAAAAAGUAGAAGCUAAGAGGAAGACGCUGAUUUUGGACACUGGAUUGUAUGUGAAUAUGGAUUUGAAGGUAAAACCAUGGCAUUUGGCAGGGCUCAUGUUGGCCACAACUUACUGUACUUUCAUUUCAUCUGUCGCUGGUUGCAACAAAGCUCUCUGUGCAAGUGAUGUCAGCAAAUGUCUUUUGCAGGAGCUCUGUCAGUGCAACAUGAAAGAAGAUGAUUGUCCCUGCUGUCAAGAUUGCAUGCUGUGUCUUGGGAGUCUUUGGGACCAGUGCUGCAGCUGUGUGGGUUUGUGCACUGAGAAUAAGGGAAGUCGUAGGCAUGCGGCCCGGAGAAGUUCGCUGGAGGUGCUGUCUGUCCCACUGCCUUCUCUGUUUCAGUCCUUGAGUGAACUUCAAGGAGAUGCGGCUAUGGACUGGAAUGUGCACACACUGCCUGUCACGAAAGAGCUGAGUCAGCAAUCUCACCUGGAUCAUGUCCUGCUUGGUGCACACACAGCUGUAGCUGCUCAGUCUCCAGUGAACACAUCCAGUAUCUGCACGGUGAUGUACUUUAAAUCCUGCAUGCCUAUGAGACGUUGUCAUGAAACCUGUGAAUUUACUGGAGCCUCCAGAUACCGCUGGUUUCACAAUGGCUGCUGUCAGUGUGUGGGACCAGACUGCUACGGAUACGGAAACAAGGAACCUCUAUGCCAUCAGUGUCACCCUAAAGGAGUACAGAUUGCUAGGGAUGCAGAUACAAAGUAAUACUGAAAGGAUCCAAAAGAAAGGGGAAGGGAAUUCCAAAGGAAAAAACAUCCUGGAGAAGGAGAAAAGAUAGAUACAGAUCUCCUUUAUACUUCUUGUCUUUCUGGGAUGCAUUCCAUAAAAAAGCAAGAUUAAAAAACACCAUAAAGAUGUUUGUUUCAAUAGGGAGAGGUGUAAUAAAUCACCGUCACACUUCUGACAGCAGCUUAUGUUGAAAUCAAAUAUGCACAAUGCUUCUUUUGCCCAACAGAAGACAAUUGUUGCCAACAUACAUAUUACAUCAUUAGUCAUUUCACCAAAACUGGGUUCAGACAAUAUUAAAAAGGGGUUUUCUGGUACUUAGAUAUUGAUGGCCAUCCUCAGGAUAGGAAAAUCCACGGCACUAUGGAUUGUUGUGAUGAAUGGUCUGGUAAGUAGAUGGAGCGUAGUACAAGGCAAAUUACCGCCGUAAAGCAGGAGGGAACAAUGUGUGGGCGUCCUUCCACUGGCACCUUAUCACAUGUAGGAGUGUGGUUCCAUUCUCUUUAUGAUUUCUAUCCUCAAGAUAGUUCAUCAUUAGGCUUGAACGAAUCGAGUUUCGGAUCAUAGAUCCAAAGUUGAUUAGUUUAAAAACUUAGUUUGUAAUGCUUUUUCCUUACAAAAUUUAAAUGUAUCCACUAGGUGUAGAAAAACUUCAUCUCGGCCAUAGUUGCGCAGGACGUCAAUGAAUGACUUCGCUAUUCCUACCUGCGUAUUGAAAUUUUUUUUUUAAUAGGAAUCCGAAGUUGGCUUUGAUACUGGUUGGUACCUCAGUACCCAGGAUGACUUUGGAUUCCUAUUUUAAAAUGUUUUUAAAUGCACAGAUAGGACUGGCCCACCAGGGAGGCGGAGGAUUCCUCGGUGGGCCCCCAGUCUCCUGCACCCGGAGACAAGACGGAGGAGUAAUUAUUUCUCUUGUUUCUCAGGAGAGAUAAUUAUUGUAGCCACUAGGUGGCAGUAUCGCACAGUGAUGCAGCUUCCUACUGGUGUAAAUUGUACAGGAGGCAACACAGUAUCUUCUAAAAUUCAGGGCUGCUGGCAGUGAAGGAGGAGAGAACAUGUCUGGCCAUCCUUCUGCCCUCCCUGCUGUCAGAAAACUGUGAGCUCUAGGAGACUGUAAGGGGGAAAUAGGGGAUUUGUUUAUAGUAGACUCAGAUCUGUUGAUCAGAGUGGCAUUGGGAGGGCUCUGUCCUAUGUCCCCCCAAUGCCUCUGCUUUAGGUGCACCCCCAUUAGUGCCACAGCUCCAGAUGCCCCCAAUGACCCCACUCUUAAUGCACCCCUAAUAUUGCCUCUUCUCCAGUUAAUGCCCCCCUAAUACCUCUGCCAUAGGAUCCCCACUAUUACCCUGCCUCAGGCAAACCCUAAUGCCUCUGCUUUAGGUGCACCCCUGUAAAUGCCCAGCUCCCGAUACCCCCACUCUAAAUGCACUGCUAAUAUUGCCUCUUCUUCAGUUACCUCUGCUCCAGGAUCCCCACUAUUUCCCUGCCUCAGGUGACCCUAAUGUCUCUGCUUCAGUUAUGACCCUCCGUUU